AGCAAUACGAUAGAAAGGUGUACAUGUCACAAAAUAUCUCGUAAACUCACAAAAUACCGGUAUCUAUUCGUAAAAUUUUACAAAAAUGUCGUACAAAAUAGCAGUAAGGAGCUUUAAAACACUCUCAUAUGUUGGGAGCUACAAGAAAAUUAGGGAUCGGCACAUAAAGACGUACUGUGCGGCUGUGAUAGGCGCAGGUUACAUAGCUUAUAAACAAAGUAAAAACAACAAAGCAGAAAUGAAGGAAGUAAUGCAGCUAAAGAACUACAUGGCGGAGCCUGUAACUCCCAUCAGCCAUUUAGAAAAGAAUCCGAAUGAUAUGAAAACUCAGAUGGAAUUGUUAAUUAUGAGGAUACAAGCAGAAUUCUGUAGAGCAUUGGAAAAAGAGGAAGAUGAAGCUUGGCAAGAUGAGAAAAGAGAUGAAGAUUUAGACUAUGACAGUGAUAUGUUUGUACCAUACCCGGAUGCAAAAUUCCGCGUAGACAGAUGGACGCGUAAAGAGGGCGGGGGCGGUAUUACGUGCGUGCUGCAAGACGGUCGAGUGUUCGAGAAAGCCGGGGUGAAUAUAUCUGUGGUGUCCGGGAAACUGCCCCCUGCGGCUGUGCAGCAAAUGAGAACAAGAGGCAAAAACUUUGACGGCAAAGAGUUGCCCUUCUUCGCCGCUGGUGUAAGUGCGGUGAUUCACCCGAGAAACCCAAUGGUGCCCACUAUACACUUCAAUUAUAGAUAUUUUGAAGUGCAGGAUAAUAAUGGUGUACAAUGGUGGUUCGGAGGCGGCACUGACUUGACCCCGUACUACUUGAACGAGGAGGACGCAACACAUUUCCAUCUCACUCUGAAACACGCAUGCGAUUCGCACGACAAAUCUUACUAUGGAAGAUUCAAAAAGUGGUGCGACGAUUAUUUCACAAUAACACACCGCGCUGAGCGUAGAGGCGUCGGUGGUAUCUUUUUUGAUGAUAUCGACACUCCGGACCAGAAGAGCGCUUUUGAGUUUGUCACCUCUUGUGCGGAGGCUGUCAUACCCAGUUAUAUUCCCAUUGUACAAAAGCGUAAAGACGAAGCAUAUGGAUACCACGAGAGACAAUGGCAAUUAUUACGCAGAGGGCGAUACGUAGAGUUCAACUUGAUUUACGAUAGAGGAACUAAGUUUGGGCUUUUCACGCCUGAAGCGCGAUAUGAAUCUAUAUUGAUGUCGUUGCCGUUGAAUGCUAAAUGGGAGUACAUGCACGAGCCCAAACCGAACUCUCCUGAAGAUAAAUUAAUGCAAGUACUCAAAGAGCCACGGGAUUGGCUGCAAGUUGAUCAAGCCAGAGCCUCCGCUUAGGGAGAACGAGUGUUGCCAUUCAUCACACUGUACAUUUAUCAUUGGUCUUUAUGGUUUAGGGUUGUGUAAAUUGUUUAUGAGAUAUAUGUUCUAUUUUAUAGUAAAAUUUAUUGAUGUUUAUAAA